AUGGCGCCGCUGAACCAGACUUCCUUGGAAGCCAUUCACCGAUUCCGAAACUAUGUUCCUCCGCCCACAGCGUACGAGGAUGUCCCGGUGACCAGGCGGGCGGCAGUAUUGCUGCUGCUGUACGCCGAUGCUAAAGGAGACUUGAGAGUCGUGAUUACGAUGCGGGCCAAGACAUUGAGUUCAUAUGCAGGAGAUGCAGCUUUACCAGGAGGUCGAGCAGAUGCGCCAUCGGAGACGCCGUUCGAGACCGCACGUCGCGAAGCAUGGGAAGAGAUCGGGCUGCCGGGAAUUGACCAACCCCUUCCCCACCCCUUCACAGUCGAACACCUCUGCGAGUUACCGGCAAAUCUUGCCAAAACAGAAGUAGUGGUUCGGCCCUGCGUGGCUCUAUUACAUUCGUACGAUGCAAAGACGGGUGAGAAUGCGGAUCCCGAGAUCUCGCUCAUUCCUAAGCUAGAUGCGAGGGAGGUGGCUGCUGUUUUUACGGCGCCGUUUCACAGUUUUUUACGUAUGAGGGAAGGAGAGGAAUUGGCUUCGAAUUCGAAUCUGGAGCAGAAUGAAAGUGCGGAUUCAAGUGUGGAUUCAGCUCGGGCUGAUCAGGGUUCGUUGGGCGCGGACGCUAAGGGCUAUGAUAAUGAUCUGGGGGAUUGGUAUCGCGGAUCGUGGAGCUUGUGGCACAAUUCCAACUGGCGCAUGCACCAGUUCUUUGUUCGCGCCAAUACCCGGGUGGUCACGCCAAAGCCCCACAGGGAGGGGAAUGUUGAACUAGCGGCGGAUCCGGAUGGACAGGUCCAGCGCUAUCGCGUGUUCGGCAUGACAGCCCGCAUCAUUGUGGAUGCCGCACGCGUGGCUUAUGACCAGGAGCCAGAAUUCGAGCAUAACAGUCACUUUGGCGACGAGGCCAUGAUCGCCAAAUUAAGGCGUCUGGGUCGUCUCAGUGCAGUUCGUAGACGGUCUGAUCAAUUGACUCGUGAGACAAUGGAGAGGGCAGCCAAACUUAGUUAG